AUGCACGAAACCUUCGAACGGAAUAACUUCGUGCGCAUCAAUUGGAAUAACAUUGAACCGGAUUACUGGUACGCCUUUGAGCAAUUCCCUCGCAACCAAGUCGACCUCCUGGGCCUGCCCUACGAGUACACCAGCAGUAUGCACUACGGUGCCUUUGCUUUCAGCAAAAACCGACAGCCUAGCAUGACUGCAUUAAGGAGUCACAAUGGCGUCAUGGGUCAGAGGGACCACGCAACCCACUGGGACUGGUUAAGGCUCCGCAGACACUACAACUGCCCUGGAGCAUGGAACGAAAGAAACAUACAGCGAAUGAAGGAGGAAGUAGAUCGCACCAUACCUUUGAUAAAGAUGAAUUUACCGGCGCCUAAAAAGGGACUUUUUACUGAUGAGGAUAACGCCUACGUCCAAGCUCUGGCUUCUAAAGUUAAUGAAGAUUCGGCUAGUGAAGAUAACAUGGUCAACGAAGAUUUUAUUGACCGGGAAACUGUUAACGAAAAUGAAAAUGUUGAAGAAGUUAUUGUUGAAGAAUAG